GAUUUUUCAAAAACUGGUCAUAAGUUCAUAAGUAUUAUUUAUUUCUAGCUACCUAUGGAAACUUCAAGCACGCCAGCACCACGCCCAGGCACGCUUAGGCCCAAUGUUCCCUCGACUUCACUUGCUCUUCAACAAAAACAGGAUUCGGAUGUUGUAGCUUCAUCUCAUAUGGAAUCGAUUGUCGCAGUCACUGGACAUAAAAGCACUGCCGUUAAAGGACAGAUGAGCGAUACCCACGAUGAACAAAGUAAGAUUACUGAUAAGGAAAUUGUGCAGACACCGUCUACGGAACCACAUACGACUUUGAUUGAUGCGGGCUUCACUAAAAAUGUUACAAGCAAACCGGCUCAAGAUACUCUUAUGAAAAAAAUUAGUCUACUGCAACAGAGAAUAAAUGUUCUUACUGAAGCAAGGGACACUGGAAUAGCUAUCCUGCAGCACAACCUCGAACUAGCUCUGGACAGCCCCCUUUAG